GCUGUGGUAAUGCCCUUGCACUGCUGUGCAGAUGGACGAGCACCGAGAGCUCAUCCAUCCAGAGAGCAGGGCAGUGGGAGGAGACGCCAUGACCCCCAUCCUCAUGGUCCUGAUCUAUGUCGGGCUGAGUCUGGGCCCCAGGACCCACGUGCAGGCAGGGACCGUCCCCAAGCCCACCCUCUGGGCUGAGCCAGGCUCUGUGAUCACCCAGGGGAGUCCCGUGACCCUCAGGUGUCAGGGGAGCCUGGAGACCCAGGAGUACCGUCUAUAUCGAGGAAGGAAAGCAGCAUCCUGGAUAAUGCGGAUCCCACAGGAGCUUGUGAAGAAGGGCCAGUUCCCCAUCCAGUCCAUCGCCUGGGAACACACAGGGCCGUAUCGCUGUCAGUAUCGAGGACGCACUUACUGGUCAGCGUUCAGUGACCUCCUGGAGCUGGUGGUGACAGGAGCCUACAUCAAACCCACCCUCUUAGCCCUGCCCAGCCCUGUGGUGACCCCAGGAGGAAACGUGACCCUCCAGUGUGGCUCACAGGUGGCAUUUGAUGGCUUCACUCUGUGUAAGGAAGGAGAAGAUGAACACCCACCAUGCCUGAACUCCCAUGUCCGUACCCAUGGGUCGUCCUGGGCCGUCUUCCCCGUGGGCCCCGUGAGCCCCAGUCGCAGGUGGACGUACAGGUGCUAUGGUUAUGGCUCAAGCUCUCCCUAUGUGUGGUCUUUACCCAGUGAUGUCCUGGAGCUCCUGGUCCCAGGUGUCUCUAAGAAGCCAUCACUCUCAGUGCAGCCGGGUCCUGUCGUGGCCCCUGGCGAGACCCUGACCUUCCAGUGUGGCUCUGAUGUCGGCUAUGACAGGAUCGCUCUGUACAAGGAGGGGGAACAUGACCUCCUCCAGCGCCCUGGCCGGCAGCCCCAGGCUGGGGUCCUCCAGGCCAACUUCACCCUGAGCCCUGUGAGCCACUCCCACGGGGGCCAUUACAGAUGCUCCGGUGCACACAACGUCUCCUCCGAGUGGUCAGCCCCCAGUGACCCCCUGGACAUCCUGAUCGCAGGACAGAUCCCUGACACACCCUCCCUCUCAGUGCAGCCGGGCCCCAGGGUGGCCUCAGGGGAGAACGUGACCCUGCUGUGUCAGUCACAGGGGUGGAUGGACACUUUCCUUCUGACCAAGGAGGGAGUAACUGAUGCCCCACUGCGUCUAAGAUCAAAGUACCAAGCUCAUAAGUACCAGGCUGAAUUCCCCAUGAGUCCUGUGACCUCAGCCCAUGCGGGGACUUACAGGUGCUACGGCUCACGCAGCUUCACCCCCUACCUGCUGUCUAACCCCAGUGAGCCCCUGGAGCUCAUGGUCUCAGGCCCUCAGGACCAGCUUGUCCCUCACAGGGAGUCAGAUCCCCAGAGUGCUCCGGGGCUCGGCUCAGUGCAUGGAAGAAGGGCUGCAGGUUCUGGAGACCAUUUAGGGCUGAUGCUAUCUGGACUGUCUGCUGAUGAUUUCUAGAGGGAGGAAAUCAGAGUUCGAGCGCAGAGACAUUUUCCAGGGUGAUCCAUGGAGGACCAUGAACAUGUGAUACUUUCCUCUCCAUGAAUGUUGACUUCCCAUCGUUGGGUCCCCUUCUUUUCCUCCCCCACACAUGAGGCUCCAUCCCACGUGGCAGCCUCGGGUCUGCACCUCUGCACACCGGCGUGCUCUGGUCCAUGGCGUGUAACACAGUCUUCCUUAUUCAUCAUUGCCACACUCCCUGGUGAGAAUUAUUGAGCCUCCAUCUCCUCUGUUCAGAGUUCCAAAUGUGGUCCAGUAAAUAAAUCAAUGGGAGAGCAUUGGAUUUCAAUCAGGAAAAGAUCAAUCCACCCGGAUGCCCCAACACCCUCUCCAGACCCUACGAGCCCUUCCUUCUUUCUCAGAUGCUAUCUCUGUGACUUCCCCUCAGAUCAUUGUGUGACCAUCACUGCCAUCCUGUUCCACAGCAUCAUUCUCACCUGACACCCGCUCAGCAGUCACUCCCAUUUCCUCUCCCUCCAGCACCUGGUAACCACGAGUGUGCUUUCUGUCUCUAUGGAUUUGCAUAUUCGGUCUGAAAACAUUUCA